AUGACGACUAGCAUUAAGGAAGUCGCUAAGGAGGUCCUAGGUUUAACCAAGGGUGGGAGGCGUACUCCUAGAGAGACCUGGUGGUGGAACAAUGAAGUCCAGACGGCCAUUAAGACUAAGAAGGACUGUUUUAAGACUUGGCAGAAGACUAACGAGGAUGAGGAUAGAGCAAGUUAUCACACUGCUAGGAAUAAGGCUAGGGCAAAGGAAUAUAAGGAUCUAUACGAAAAUCUUAAUACAAAGGAGGGAGUAAAAGAGAUGUAUAGGAUAGCUAAAAUAAGAGAAAAGAUGAGAAGGGAUUUGGAUCAUGUCAGAUGCAUCAAAAGUGAGGAAGGUAGAGUUUUGGUGCGAAAUGAGGAGAUUAUGAGGAGAUGGGGUGAUUAUUUUUGUAACCUACUAAAUGGAGAUGCUGUGACAACUAGGGCGAACCCAGUUGGGGAGGAGAGUAGACAUGAAACCAAUACACCUGAUGGCUAUUUAUUGUAA